AUGCCGGUUGACUACAGCAAGUGGGAUGCCCUUGAGCUCAGCGAUGACUCGGACAUCGAGGUGCAUCCCAAUGUUGACAAGCGAUCCUUCAUCCGCGCCAAACAGAACCAGAUCCAUAUGGAACGGCAGAAACGCAAGCACGAGAUCGAGACGCUCAAGUACGAGCGCAUCAUCAACGAUACCCUGAUCAAGCGCAUCUCGUCCCUGAUCGAUUCCUUGAAAGCACAUGCGUCUGAUGCGAGGAGUGGGAACCCGGGAGAGGUGGCCUUUCGGGCCGUUAUGGAGUCGGCCGCAGGGCCAGACCCCAAGGACGACCAGCCUCCCCCGCGUCCCGAGGGCGUCCACAACGCCGAGGAGCCGCUGCCCACGUACACCAAGAUGAUGGCGACGCUCCUCGACCAGGUAAACAAGACUCUCGACGAGAAGAAGAUCGAACAAGACAAGCGAUACGACGGCAUGGUGGCCGAGAUCGAGGACCACCUCAAGAAGGUCAACAGCCUGCAGGACGACUUGAUCAAGAGGCUCACCGAGCUCGAGAAGGAGGAGUCGCGCAAAAUCACCAGCGAGAGCAUCCACACCGGCUUUGACAGCUCACAUAUCAACAAGUCGACUUCGUCCUCCUCCGGCGGAGCCAAGGACUCCUCCAAGGUCGAGCUCCUCAACCCCAAUUUCGCCGAGACUACCUCCCUUCCGGCCUCCUCAUCGUCCAGAACCGACGACAAAAACGACGACGACGAGAUUACCGCUUCCCCUCUCGCCAAGGAAUUCGCCCAAAUCAAGUCCACCUCCUACCGCGACUCACUCGCCUUCCUCUCGCAACACCCGCAAAUCCUGACCGAAAAGGAGACAGACGGUCUCCUCGUGCUCGCCUUCGACGCGCAGCUCGAGAACCGCUCCGACUUUGCGCGCAACUGCGUGCACCAGGCGCUCCUCCUGCAGUACUGCCGCGCGCUGGGGCGCGACGGCGUGGCCCUCUUCUUCAAGCGCAUCACCACGCCCGGCCACCAGGCGCAGGAGGUGUUCCACAAGGACGUGCAGGACACGUACGCACGCAUCAAGACGAGAGCUAGGGAGAUUGUACUGCAGCGGGCCAAGGACGAGGCAGAGGGGAAGACUCAGGGUGAGGUGGAGCAGAUUCAGCUGCAUGCUGUCGAACCGGGCACGGUGAUUAAUAUCCGGAUUCCGGAGAAGGAUAGUCAGGAUGAGGAAGUCAGGAGGGGGAGGGAGAUCUUUGAGGGGUUUAGCGAGGAGAUGAAGAGCGCGUUGGAGACGGGGAAGCUGGAGGAAGUGAAUAAGGUGCUUGGGGAGAUGCCGGUUGCGGAGGCUGAGGAGGUGGUGGGGAAGUUGGGAGAGGCUGGCAUUCUGAGCUUGGAGGAGGAGAUCAUUGAUGCCACCACUGAUGAGGGCAAGGAGAAGAUCAAGCAGCUUGAGGAGCAAGGCAGGGCAGGCCAAUAUGCGGAUGACCCGGAGUAA